GGGUGAGCUGCUGUCACAACUGUCAUGUAGGUUAUUUCCUGGUUUUUGACGUCUAUUAGCAUGUUCCGUGUCAGGUCAUUAGACUAUUGGCAUACUCUCUCCUCUCUGCCUGCCAGUCACUAGUCCACUCUGCAGUAGAACUAGGCCCGACAACACAUUAACCAGUGAACAGCCAUGCUGCUACGCAGCUUCCCUCUCACCAUCCUCCUCCUCUGCACCAUCCCUGUCACUCCCCAGUGGGGGCCAGUAGGUGAUGAGUCUGGAGGGUCUGUGGCUGCUGCAGGGCCAGUGGUCCAGGGCAGGCCCUUCACCAUGGUCUGGAACAUGCCCACAGCAAGAUGCCAGGAACACUAUGGCAUCCACCUGGACCUGGGGGCCUUCGACAUCGUGGAGAACCACCACCAGCGCUUCCAGGGCCAGAACAUGAGCAUCUUCUACCACAAUCAGCUAGGGCUCUACCCUUACAUCUCCCAGGAGGGUCUGCAGGUUAAUGGAGGGGUUCCCCAGAGGGGAGACCUGGAGGCCCACCUGGCCCUGGCCAAGACCCAGAUCUCAGCCCUGCUCAGGACAAGGUUCAGUGGCCUGGCCGUCAUCGACUGGGAGGAGUGGCGCCCCUUGUGGGUGAGAGACUUCGGCAUUAAGCUGGAGUACCGCCGGCUGUCUAAAAAACUAGUGAGAGGGGAGCAUCCAGAGCUAACCAAACAGGAAGUGAACUCCCUGGCCCGUAAGGAGUUUGAGAGGGGUGCCAGGGCCUUCAUGUCUGAGACGCUGCAGUUAGGAGUGUGUCUGCGACCGAGGGGACUCUGGGGCUUCUACAGCUUCCCUGAAUGCUUCAACAACCACAGGAAGCAGAAAGGCCACAGCUACACAGGCCACUGCCACUCCAAGACCAGGCAGAAGAAUGACCAGCUAGCCUGGCUGUGGCGCCAGUCCACUGCCCUCUACCCUAGUAUCUACCUACCCCAACGUCUGGCAGGGUCCUCUGAUGCCUCCCUCCUGGUCAGACAUAGGCUUCUGGAGGCCCUGAGGGUGGCGAAUCAGUACCCCACUAGCACCCAUGCCACUCCUGUACUGCCCUAUGCCAGAGUGGCAUUCGCCCACACCUUCCACUUCCUCAACAAGACGGAUCUGGAGCACACACUGGGAGAGAGUGCAGCGCUGGGGAUGGCAGGAGUGGUGCUGUGGGGGGAGCAGGCGUUCGCUAAGUCAAAGGUCAGAUCCGGGAGACCUCACAGUUUGUGCAUCGGCAGUGUGAGAUACUGAGGGACUACAUUAAUUCUGAACUGGGAGAAUACAUCAGCACCCUGAAGAGAGGGGUGCAGCGUUGCAGCGAGGAGCGAUGCCAUGGCAACGGUCGCUGUGCCAGAAGGGACCCCUACUCUGACCACAUGAUCCCCCUCUCUGACCCCUUCUCCAACUUCCUCCCUGACCCCUCUCAUGACCUCAGCCACCUCCGCACUAACUUCCUCUGCCAGUGCUAUCAGGGCUGGGCGGGUGAGAAGUGUCAGGAAAAUAUAUAGUCUCUAUCACCAAUAUAUAAUAUCACCUCUUUUGUUUAUUUGGUUGAUGCACAGCAUAUAGUAGCGUCAUUGAAAUUCCACCAAGUGUAUCAAAGUGAAAACUGUUGCAGUUGCCAUGCUAAGGCACUUUCUCAGCAUAUUCAUUCUAUACAAUUCAGUUCCACUUGUGACAUGUUUAAGUUGUGAUAGUCAGAACAAAUUUGCACUGUGUUUUGUCAGUAACAAAAUGGGUGUGACAUUUCAUCAUACAUCGCCUGUCACAUGCAUACAUGUAAAAGAGUACCGCUUCUAAAAGUUACAGCUGUAACUUGUAUGUACAGUAUGUGUAAGUCACAGAUCACAUGGACGUCUCGAACCUGAAUCAUUUCUGUCCUCAUGCAGUUGUUCGAAUACAUGAAUUGUCAGUUGAAGAGUGUGGUCCUUUGUGCUGUGAUGUCACUAAAGAUGCUAUAAAGUGUUCAGUACCCUGCCA